GACACCGCCAUGGCGGCCGCGCUGCUGCUCCUGGCGCUGCCGGUGCUGCCGGUGCUCUCGGUGCUGCCGGUGCUCUCGGUGCUCUCGGUGCUGCCGGGGGGAGGCGGCGCGGGGCCCGCCUGGGACCCGUCCGGUUACCUGCUCUACUGCCCCUGCAUGGGCCGCUUCGGGAACCAGGCCGAGCACUUCCUGGGGGCUUUGGCCUUCGCCCGCGCCCUCAACCGGACCCUGGCCGUGCCGCCCUGGAUCGAGUACCGGCACCACCGCCCGCCCUACACCAACCUCCACGUCCCCUACUCGGAGCACUUCAAGCUGGAGCCGCUGCUGCGGUACCACCGGGUGAUCAGCAUGGAGCAGUUCAUGGAGGAGCUGGCACCCCGGCACUGGCCGGCGGGCAGCAGGGUGGCUUAUUGCUUCCAGGCUGCUGCCCAGAGGAGUCCUGACCACAGCACCUGCCCCAUGAAGGAUGGAAAUCCCUUUGGGCCCUUCUGGGAUCAGUUCCACGUGGACUUUGAUAGAUCUGAGCUCUUCAGUGGCAUGUCCUUCAGCCCUGCCUACAAGGACCAGUGGAUGCAGAGGUUUCCCCCCUCCCAGCACCCCGUCCUGGCCCUGCCUGGAGCCCCAGCUCAGUUCCCAGUGCUGGAGGAGCACAGGGCCCUGCAGCAGUACGUGGUGUGGUCGGAUCAGAUGGUGAGGAAGGGGAAUUCCCAGAUCCAGUCCCUGCUGCCCAGGCCCUUCGUGGGGAUCCACCUGAGGAUUGGUUCUGACUGGAGGAAUGCCUGCAACAUGCUGCAGGAGGGCACUGCUGGGCCCCACUUCAUGGCUUCCCCCCAGUGCGUGGGCUACGAGCGCAGUGCUGCUGCCCCCCUGACCAUGGAGAUGUGUCUGCCCAGCCUCACCGAGAUCUCCCGGGCACUGCAGCUCUGGGUGGGCAAGCUGGGGGCCAAAUCUGUUUACAUUGCCACUGACUCAGAGCCCUACACUGCAGAGAUCCAGCAGCUCUUCCAGGGAAAGGUGAAGGUUGUCAGCCUGCAGCCCGAGGUGCCCCAGUUGGAUCUCUACAUCCUGGCCCAGUCCGAUCACUUCAUCGGGAACUGCGUCUCCUCCUUCACCGCCUUCGUCAAGCGGGAGCGGGACGUGCACUCCCUGCCCUCCUCCUUCUUUGGCAUGGACCAUCCCCCACGGCCCCGGGACGAGUUCUGACCCAGGAGGAGCAGCCUUGGACCUUCUCGGGGCUCCCAGCUCUGGUUCCCUUCCCCAGGGACCACCGAGGGUUCCUGAGCACAGAGCUGGGCUGCCACAGCCCCCUCCUCCUCCUCUUCUUCCUCCUCCUGCUCCUCUCCCUGACCUCUCCUGUGGUUCCAGUGUGAGGUCAAACAGAAAUGAGGUUUUUAAUCCCGUUUUUAGGAAGGUAUAAACCAGGUGUAGUGCCCAGCCUGGGCAGGUCUCCAUUCUCCCUGCCCAGCAGCCAGGCUGAGGCAGCUUCCCACGUUUCCUCAUCUCUGUCAUUUUCUGUUAAUUCUCAGUUUUUCCCCAGAGCUGUUGUGAAGCUUCGUGCCCCAAACUGCCCAGAGGUGCUUCUGAAGUGCAAAGUAUCACCAGGAAGGGGGUGGGAGGGCUAAGAACCUCUGAGUCCCACGGGUGCCUUUCCACAAGCCCCUCUCCCACCCUCUGGAGAGGUGGCAGUGACCUGCAGGGAGGGGACAGUCCCCUCUGCAGAGCUGGGACCUUGUUCCUGGCCAGCCCAGAGCUGGGGAUUCGGGGCUUGGAGCUGCUGGGGUCAGGAUUUGGAAGGGAGCAGAGGGGUUGGUGCACCUCGUGCCUGCAUUUCUGGGGCUUUUUUGUCUUAUUUCUGUACUUUUUUUUCAGGUAACCCCUGUGACUGCAGAGCCCCAGGUGGUUCCCCUGGGGGAUAAUGGGGGGGGAGGACUUGGUGAUGGUGGAAGAGGUGCCCAAAGCCUCGUUUGGUCCUGGAGCACCCGAAGUCCCCUGGUGCUCAGCCUCAGCCUUCCCAAACCUCCGGCUGCUCCCCUGCCCUCAGAUUCCUCUCGUGUCCCAAGGACUCAGCCAGACCUCACCUGGGUUUGUGCCACUCGGAGGUGGUGCCAGGGCUGUGCUCCCAGCUCUGCUGAGCUCCCAGGGUUUCCAUUUAACUCCAGACGUUUUGUAGGGUUUUUUGGGGGGGAUUUUUACCUCCUCGGAAGCGUCCCCAAGCACUGAAGGAUUGUGAAGGCUCAAGGAGUGAGUGUGAGAGGGCUGAAUGUGAAGGUGCCCAGUGCUGGGGGGGCAGAGCCUCGUCUCAUGUCCUUGGUGCUGCCUGACAGAAACUCCUCCUGGGUUUGGUGGUUUUGGGGUCUCUGAGUUUGUGGCUCCCUGGCAGUCCCUCAGCCCUCAGAUGAUGCUGUGGGGGGGCAGGGGGCACCACCUCGGGUGGCGUUGGGGAACCCCCGGUGUGAAGGGAAGAUGGUUGGGUUCGUGUUUCUUUUUUUAAAAAAAAAGGUAUUUUUGUAAUGAUUUUUGUAACAAUAAAACAGGCUUUGUAUUCA